GCCGCCCCUGUGGCUGCCUGGAAGCGCCCUCCCCACUCCGCAGGUUAUGGGGCCCACUCGUCCCAGCGUGGCCACUGGGAUCCCCAGUAGCAAAGCGAAAUACUUGAAGAUCUCCAGCACUGACGACAGACACGUUAAGCUUCAGAAGAAAACUUUAACUUUUAAGAAAAACCCUCCUAAGGUUCCUUACAAGGCCAUCGCCUGCGCCACCGUGCAGUUUUUGAUCGGCUCCUUUCUCAUCAUCACGGGCUGCCUUCUGCUGGCAGGCUACGUCAGCGAAGUGGGGGUCCUCCGGGCGGUUCCUGUCCUGGUCAUUGGCAUCCUGGUGUUCCUGCCUGGCUUUUACCACCUAUUCAUCGCCUAUGGAGCAUACAGAGGCUGCCAGGGCUACUCCUACGAUGACCUUCCGGACUGUGAUAAUUAG